AUGUAUGCUUUUGCGUGCGUGUGUGUGUUUGCCAUUGACUCCUACUGUGACAACGCCAGCUCCUGCUGUGAACGGUGGGUGACACUUUGACCUCACGUGACCCCUCACAGCUUGACCCCUGACCUUUAGUCUGCAGUAUGGAGAAUUAGAGUGAGUGUCACUUCCUCAUUUCCUAUGUGUCAGAGGUCACAUCGUCUGGUGGUGAGUGUGUAAACAGGGAAUUCUGAGUCUGUGAGGAGCAUGUGAGGAUUUUGGUGGGAGAGCACAGGGACUCAGGGAGAGUCUGUUUGUUCUAUAAACAAUCAAUCACUCUGAAGUAGCUAGUGAAAACAGGGACUAGAUCUGUGAUGGGUCAGAUGAAUUGCAGGCUGUUGACACAGCCCCCUCCUAUAGUUUUACCCCCCUCCCCCCAGAUGACAGACGAGUAGACCUCACACAGACUGACAGCCAUAGUUUGUACAUCUCAGUUGUUAUAAUGCUUAUAUAGGUCUAUCUCAUUAGUAUCUUAUUCAUCAUUUUAGGCAAUGCUGGAAUGAUUUUCAUUGUUUUGCUUACUUUGUGUAUUAUAAUUAGCUCAUGUGCUUUUCUCAACGAGGAGGGGAUACUAUAAUAAUAAUAAUAAUAAUAAUAAUAAUAAUAAUAAUAAUAAUAAUAGGCCAUGCAUAGCCAAUGUGAUUUAUUUUUAUCAGGAUAUUUUCUACCUGCAGGCUGCAAUGUUUUAAUUUGUUGGCUUUAUGUAGGCUAUUUUUAGUUGGCAAUGGCAAUAGAAGUUACUUUUAGAUUUGUAUAAUUUUCAUUUCGUUUUAGAUAUCAUUUUUAUUAAUCACAUGACAAUGAUUUUGAGAUAGGAAGACUAAUUAAAUAAAUGAAACUGUUCCACGAAAAUGUGCAUACGAAAAUCAUAACUGGCACGCAGAUCGGUAGAAAUGGUAAGAUAAAUCGUCACACCCACACAGUCAACUGACUUAUAAAAGGUGCUAUGUUGUUGGGUCUGUAAUCAUGUUCAAUAAUAGACCCAUGUAAUUCCAGUUGAUAUUUGAGAGGGUUGUUUUGUUUGCGCAAUGCGCUGUCUGUGUGUCGGUAUAUUGUCUAUAAAAGUGGAUCCUCAUGAUUGUAUUUCCCUUCCUUUUUAGAACACGUAGGCCUACUAAAAUAAUACAAUGUUGUGUAGUGGCUUUGCUGGUAUGCAUCUAAAACAAUUGGUUAAGUUUGCCCCACCAAGAUUUACAAGUUAAAAUCACCAGUGGUGUGUAGUCGUUACAAAGACACUGGCCACAGAUACUCACUGUCUUACCCACCUCCUAUCCUAUUCAACUGAACUGUAAAGGAGGUCAUCGUGUGUUUGUGUGUUAUGCUGCUUAUUGUUAUCUAAAAAGGUGUUGUAAUCUUCUCUAGCUGGCUAACAGAGUCAGAUCUGGGACAUUGACUAGGAAAACAUAGCACCUUUUAUAAGUCAGUUGACUGUGUGGGUGUGACGAUUUAUCUUACAAUUUCUACCGAUCUGCGUGCCAGUUAUGAUUUUCGUAUGCACAUUUUCGUGGAACAGUUUCAUUUAUUUAAUUAGUCUUCCUAUCUCAAAAUCAUUGUCAUGUGAUUAAUAAAAAUGAUAUCUAAAACGAAAUGAAAAUUAUACAAAUCUAAAAGUAACUUCUAUUGCCAUUGCCAACUAAAAAUAGCCUACAUAAAGCCAACAAAUUAAAACAUUGCAGCCUGCAGGUAGAAAAUAUCCUGAUAAAAAUAAAUCACAUUGGCUAUGCAUGGCCUAUUUCAAGGAACUUGAAGUAUUGUAUCAACUAUCAACUUGGUCCAGCCCAAAGCUUGUGCUAACAAACUUGCAACAUUGUAUAAAGUAUUCUGGACCCACAGAGUUUCCCAUGCCAGUGAGCUCCGGACAGACACAGCUGUAGGCUAUUUGCGUAAGGGAUAAGAAGUAAUCAGGUAGGCCUAUUUUAUAAUGUUUCCACCGGAUCAGAGCAUGGCAUUUCUUUCCCCUUUCAGGUGGAGUUGUUAUCGAAAGGGAGAGAGCUGUAAAGAUUUUUCAAAUAGGCUACCUUGAGGAACAAUUGUCAUUCUCAAUGGAUGUAAAAACAGACUUCGUUUACUUGCUAUUUCGAGGAGAAGAAAAAAUUGCUUUGAGAAGCUCCACAGCUCAUUAUUGGUGGUGAGUUAAGACAAUCAGAAAUACUAUCAGAUCCCCAAAUGGGCACAUUUAUAAGCCUACAUUUGCGCGCAGGCCAGGUAGCCUUGGUCUACUUCUAUGAGUAAUCAGGUGCGCGUCCUUACAAAACACAAUGACUAAAUUGACAAAACUCGUUAAUGGAAUGAAAUAAACCAAAACUUGUUUCUCACAAGUGUAGCAUAGGUUGUGCACUCUGCAAACAACGUGUCCACUCCGACAAUGACAACUGUAAAAUACUGUAAUGAUAAUAAUAUAUUGAAUGCAUUAACAGAAGCUAUGGUAACCAAAUAAACAUUGUAGAUUAAAAAUUAGGGGAAAUAACGGUAAAUGCAGUACUGUUGAGCCACCCCCGUGGCCUCAGCAAUGGAUUAGUCCACUGAGACAGGCGUCAAUCAAGAUGUGCCAUAAAAAUAAAUGUUUUUUGCAACUGGCUGACAAAAAAAUUCCCAGUUGACCAACAGCCUAUCGACCAAACAAUCGACCAGUCGACUAAAUGGGGUCAGCCCUAGUGUGACCUCUUACCCCAUCCUCUAAGCUUCCAUCACAGUAUUACUGGAACACAGCUGGUGGGAACAUUCAGGACUAACACACACACACAGAGUGACUGCAUGCGUGAUGGAGCAUGUGGUUCUUCCCUGUGGUCUUUUGAGCACAGCCCUUCCACCCUGAUUGCAGAAUGAGGUGUUUUUUGAGACACCCAUCCUGUUGACCACUGCUGGGCACGGGAGGCUGAUGCUUGGGGGUCCAGAAGAGGAGGAAGGGAGGUAGGCUAAGAAGGCUAAUGUGUUGUGAGCGCUUUGGUGCAUACUGCAAUGGCUGCUAUGCAUCACCUUACGAAUGAUCUAUGGUUCAUAUCCUUGUCUAUCUGUCUGUCUCUUCAUCUGCACCUCUCUCUCUCUCUCUCUCUGAUUAGUCUACCCUCUGUUCACUCAUAUUCACAUUCAUGACUGCAAGGGUUACAGACGAGGCAGCACAGGAGGUGUGUGUGUUUGACACUCCCAGGGGUGUCACACUGAGAGGUUCAGUGGGUUCCUCCCUCCUGCUGUCUGUGUCCAUAUCUUCCCCCUCCUUCCCUCCCUUCCUCACUUCUCCCUUUCUCACUACAUCUCUCUCUUUUUUCCUUUACUAUAAAUCUCCCACUGGUCCCGUAUGUUAACCUCCUCUGGGCUUGUGGUUUGUAAUUCAUGUCUGUCUGCUGUAGUUUGUCCAUCUCUCUGUGUGACUGUCUAACCAUGCUUGACUGCCUCUGACCAUAUUUGACCAUGCUUGACCGCCUCUGACUGUGUGACUGACCACUGUCUCUUAGUCAGAUGCCAAAUAUGGGUUUACAACAUGCUCCUCUGUUUAGUCAUCCAUCCUGUUUCUCUCUCUCUGUGUGUGUGUGUGUGUGUGUGUGUGUGUCUAUGUUAUCUGUAUCUCCACUUAAAAAUCAUAAAGAACGAAACAGACUUCUCCAUAGCUAAGAGUUUCUGCACUGAUGUGUUGCUUGGCAACCAACCAACAAAUGAUCUUCUCUUGUUGAUAGUAAGACAGAUGGACCAAUAAUGACACUGAGUCAGAUUACCAUUUAGUGACCAGCUGUGGUCACGUUCCCCAUUUCCAGUUUUCCGGAGGAAAAUUCCAUUCCUAUUCUAUGUUGGGAAUAUUGUGUCAGGCUAUAUUGAGGGCAGACAUGACUCAGGGGCCUUAGAAUGAGGGUCCCAUCAUUGGGGAUGAGGGGAGAGGUUAUACGGACACACCUGGUGCCCAAAUAUAUGACGUAUGUCGUGCAGCGAGAGUCGAGUGGAGACGUAUGGAUUCCGUUUAGUCGGUUCAGUCAGUCGUCCUGAUAAGCCCUUCCCAGCUAGCUAGUUUAUAUACGUGGCUAGAAACAAUUUGGAACAAAUUGGCUACUUUAGCUACCGCCGGCGACAUGUGAUACAGCUUCCCGGUGGGAAGCAACUCACGUUGGCAAGCACUAGCCUCUUCGCCCAACCAUAUUACUUCGUUCCGAGAGGCCUGUUGCCCGGAGCGAAGAGGCUAGCAAGCACCUUGAUACAACAUUGUUGCACUGGUCAUUCGCAACAGCUUGACAUCCAGAUGGUGACCAAUACUACAAGUUAUUUCUCCAUCACCCAUCGAAAUAAACAUAACUUUCUUUUACACGAUUGAACUAGCACCAUGUUGCUGCUGUUGUCAGCUAGCCAGCAUAAACUAGCUAGCUGGGAAGGGAUCAUCAGGACGACUGACUGAACCGAAUCCAUUCGUCUCCACUCGACUCUCAGGUGUGCAACAUACAUCAUCAAUUUGGGCACCAGGUGUGUCUGUAAAACCUCUCCUGGGGAUGAGGAUUUUAGGACCAGGGGAUCAUUUAACCCCUUAUCCACCACCUUGACUCUUUCUGAGCUUCAUAAAUAAUCUACUUAUAACGACCCCUCAACAUUUCCCCAAUGAUCUUCGACCUACUCAAAGACCUAUACUCAAAGCUAACAUGGUCAAUAGACCACACACAGAGAGAAAACUACAGUCAACUAGAGACAAACUAACCCACUCAUCUAUCCAGUUAGUAUUCUGAUUAUUGCAUUAUAUCAUGAAGCUGUAGGCGUGGAUCAGAAAACCAGUCAGUAUCUGGUGUGACCACCAUUUGCCUUAUGCAGCGCAACACAUCUCCUUCGCAUAGAGUUGAUCAGGCUGUUGAUUGCGGACUGCGGAUUGUUGUCCCACUAAUCUUCAAUGGCUGUGCGAAGUUGGAUAUUGGCGGGAAAUGAAACAUGCUGUCGUACACGUUGAUCCAGAGCAUCCCAAACAUGCUCAAUGGGUGACAUGUCUGGUGAGUAUGCAAGCCAUGGAAGAACUGGGAAAUGUUCAGCUUCCAGGAAUUGUUUACAGAUCAUUGUGACCUGGGGCUGUGCAUUAUCAUGCUGAAACAUGAGGUGAUGGUGGCGGAUGAAUUGCACGACAAUGGGCCUCAGGAUCUCGUCACGUUAUCUCUGUGCAUUCAAAUUGCCAUCGAUAAAUUGCAAUUGUGUUCAUUGCCCGUAGCUUAUUCCUGCCCAUACCAUAACCUCAACACCACCAUGGGGCACUGUGUUCACAACGUUGACAUCAGCAAACUGCUUGCCCACACAAACACCAUACAUGCUGUCUGCCAUCUGCCUGGUACAGUUGAAACUGGGAUUCAUCCAUGAAGAGCAUACUUCUCUUAGCGUGCCAGUGGCCAUCAAAGGUGAGCAGUUGCCCACUGAAGUCGGUUACGACGCUGAACUGCAGUCAGGUCAAGUCCCUGGUGAGGACGACGAGCACGCAGAUGAGCUGAUACAUUCUCUGGCAAUAGUUCUGGUGGACAUUCCUGCAGUCAGCAGGCCAAUUGCAUUCUCCCUCAACUUGAGACAUCUGUUGCAUUGUGCACAUUUUAGAGCAACCUUUUAUUGUCCCCAGCACAAGGUGCACCUGUGUAAUGUUCAUGCUGUUUAAUCAGCGUCUUGAUAUGCCACACCUGUCAGGUGGAUGGAUUAUCUUGGAAAAGGAGAAUUGCUCACUAACAGUGAUGUAGACACAUUUGUGCACAUAAUUUGAGAGAAAUCAGCUUUUUGUGCGUGUGGGACAUUUCCGGGAUUUUUUAUUUCAGCUCAUGAAACAUGGGACCAACACUUUACAUGUUGCGUAUAUAUUUUUGUUCAGUGUAGUUUAAAGAGCCAUAAUAGCUACGGUGGGGUCUAAUAUGUACUGUGAAGUGCGAUCGUUCUCUCUGCUCCUGGACUCAAUCCAUUCCUCUCCUUUUCAAACCCUUUUGUUCCUCCUCUUUCAUCAUCUCCUCUCUCAUGAGACACAUUCCUUAUUUUCUGUAAUUAUUAAUUAAUUAAUGAAUUACAGAAUUAUAUUUCUAUUGGGGAUGUUAAUACAUUACAUCAAGGCAUUUCUUUCCACCCCUAAUUAUAACAUAACGUGUGUGUAGACACACACAUACACACACUUUCAGUCUCUACCAAACUGAUGGUUGUUCCCAUGCCAUGAGGGUGUGUUUUAUGUUCAUGUUAGUAAUUAUAGGCCCACAGCUAAAUGAAUAAGGAGGAGAAAAGAGCAGCCAAUCAUAUCAACUGCUCUGAUUGGGUUCAGCUAGCCUUUCCCUGUGGACGCGCACACACACACACACACACACACACACACACACACACACACACACACACACACACACACACACACACACACACACACAUACACACACAAACAAACACGCUACAUAAAUCCAAUUAUUAACAGACUUGCGUCCCUCACCUAUGCACCAACACACACGCAUUACCCUCCGACACACAUUUGACAGGCGCUUAUCAGGCUUUUGUUUAAUAAAGUUGCACUAACAUGCCUAAACAUCUGUCUUCUGUGCUCCUGCUCUAAUUCUGCUGUUCAUCUGAAUCCUAAUUAAGCUUCAGCACUUCAGCUCUGAGCAUGAGAGAUAUAACACACACAUUUAAAUACACACACAGACAAGACACUCACAGGAGAUAUGAAAAGUCUGCGGGAGCUCUGUCUGCCGCUAGACAUAAUCAAACCUACAGAGGGAUCACUCUGUGCGUGUGUGUGUGUGUGUGUGUGUGUGUGUGUGCAUGCAUACAUACAUGUGCACGUACAUGUACACAUCAGUGACUGUGUGUGCUCAUGCACGUUAGUGUGUGUGUGUAUGUGAGUUACAGUGGCAAGUGAAUUGAUGCUCUCUGUGUGUAAGUAAGAUUAGCAGCAGAUUAAUCCUCCAGUAUCCCAUAAUCCCUUGCUGAUAGAUGGCUGCAGAUGUUGUGUGAUUACAGACCUGCUGAGCUUGUGCAGAACGGACUACUAUUUAUAGUGAGGCCGUAGUAUGUAAUCAAACUCACAGUGAAUAUAGUGCUUCUCAAUAUACACUCCAGCCACUCCUUCAAUGACGGUUUUACAUGACAUAUUUAUGCCAAUUUUUGAUCUGAUUUAGUAUAUUUUUAUUCUGGCCUCACUGUUGUGUGUUGCUGUAUUUUCUGCUUGGUUUGUGAUACUGUUGUAUCUUUGAGCUGAAAGCAAAGGGAGAGUCACUAGAGAAUCUGCCCAACAGUAGUUCACAGAGGAGAGUGGAAACACCAAAUGCCCUUUUUAACCCUUUGAGGUGGAUGGAGUGCAUGCGUUGGACUUGGUAGAACAUUUUCACUGAUUCACAAAGAGUGGCUGAAUUAAUAGGCCUGUAAAAUUCCAGAAUAACGUCCACAAAAACGCUCACCGUAAAUGGUUUAUAUCACUUAAUUGAGCAGCAACAUUUGGUUCGGUAGAUCGAGGAGGAGGAAGAGGAGGAGGAGGAGGGAUAUUAGUUCUCCUGGUGAAUGAGAGCUGGGGCUGAUGGAAUAUGAAAGGUGGUGUGUGUCACGCUCAGAGUGUGUGUGUUUGCAUGUUUGUGGAACACACAGACGCUCUCACAAACUCUGGGUACAGGCUGGAGACGGCCUGGCCACACUGGUAUUUAAAUUGGCACCCUUACCACUCUGUGCAUUAACAAGAGAGAGGGAGGGAUGGAGAGAAAGAGAAAGAUAGAGAGAGAGAGAGAGAGAGAGAGAGAGAGAGAGAGAGAGAGAGAGAGAGAGAGAGAGAGAGAGAGAGACAGAGAUCAGUGUAUUAACACACACCAGACUUAGACAGGAUUAGUAUCAGAUUAAAUAGAGCGUGUUUGUGUGUGUACCUGGAGGCACUGAAGCAAAACCGAUAGAUCAGGUGUGUGUGGUGGUAUGUAAGCUACUUGUGUAUGUGGGAAAUAGGAUGAACUGUUUGGAGAUUUAAAUGCUCAGCGAGAGUAGCUUUGCUCUCUCUCUCUCUCUCUCUCUCUCUCUCUCUCUCUCUCUCUCUCUCUCUCUCUCUCUCUCUCUCUCUGUCUGGCUGGCUGGCUGUCUCUGUCUCUGUCUCUCAAUGCUCUCCUCCAUUCCCCAGGUCACAGACAUGGCUGUGAUUUGUGUCCACAACACGCAGCACAAACAGGAAACGAUGCACUGGUUUAGAUACAAAGAUACAGGAAGUGGGUUUGUCUGCGGUUGGCUUACUCCCCCCCCCCACUCUGCAGACGCUGUUGAUCAUCUUUGUACUGAUUUCCUACAGUAACGUCUUUGUCCUACAGUCAUAUGGCAUUACAUAUCCAGUCCUUUUAGAUCAGUGAGGAUGAUGAAACAUAGAACAGAGAAAAGUAAGGCUCUCAAAUGUUGUUCACCCACACCCACUCUUCGGUUCAUGUAGUUAUUCAGUGGGCUCUUUCAUCUAGUAAUUUGAGAGGAAUUGUCUGGCUGCUUUUUUGUGUGGGCUGUUGGUUGUGUGUAUAGGGACCUGGCCUUGUAAUUUAGCUGUGGCAGUGCCCUUGCCCCCUACAGAAUAUAGCUUUAUGGUAAUUUAUUCUAUGUGAAUGCUGUUGUAGUUAACAUUAUUAGGCCCACUCUCUUAUUGGUUGUUGUUGCUGUUGUUCCAGUGUGAUUGGUCAUUGUUAACGGUCCUCUCUCUGUCCUCUCUAACAGUCAUGCGGAGGAACCCAUUUACAGCGGACGUGUGCUGUAGGAAAGGCUCCCGCAACGCACUACAGGAACUCUACAACCCCACACAGGUAGGAACCUGUGUCUCACUCUCUUUAUCUCUCUCUGUAUCUUUCUCCCCCCCCCCCUCUCUCUCUCUGUAAAUAUAGACCCCGCUGUUUUAGGCCUGACUCAGAGAGACAUUUGAAAGGUCGUGACCCUGGCUGUUUUUAGCCUUGUCCUCCCUUUCCCUUCAAACGGUGUGUGUGUAAGUGUGUGUGUGUGUAUGUCACUAAGCCUGGGUCCAUGCUCCUCUGUCUUUGUUUAUUUAUUACGUCUGUAUGACGACGUCCUUUACAUGAUGGACGAGCACCAUGGAAACCUACAUUCCAUUGCCGUGGCUUUAUUUAGCGUAACGGUCGAUUGCAUAGUUAGUAUUACAUAUUUCACUUCACGUAACUCCUUUUCAGAGCACUGCAUUCUCCCUUCAAGUACAGUAAGCUCUGCUUACAUUGCUGCAACUUACUGUAACCACAAAACAUAUGGUGAAGUAAAAUAUAUAUUGUGGGGGAGGGGAGUGAAUGGUGUGGCUAAGGUGUUUUGAGCCGAGUUCGUUGAAGAGACCUUGCUGCGUUUGCUUGUUAGGCUACUGUGGUUCUUUCUGUAUUUUUGCAGCUGCAGAAAUGGCUGUGUAUCCAAUAGCACUGUGAUAAUAGAGUUGGAUUCUCACGGGUGGUUGUCAUCAUCAGUCUAUCACUCAUACUGCAGUCUCUCAGUAAUGUCAGCACACUGCUGUUGGUGAUACUAUGACAAUGAUGGACAGGCUAGUUUCUCCUUCACUCCUCUGCAAUAAUUAUCUGUCGUUUACUCUUUUUAUUUUAUUUUUCUGUGUCUAUACACUGAGUAUACCAAACAUUAGGAACACCUUCCUAAUAUUGAGUUGCCCACAGAACAGCCUCAAUUCGUCGGGGCAUGGACUCUCUGGAGGAGGUUACAAACUAGCGUAAUCUAGCCUGCAUAAUACUGUUUGCCUUGUUUCUUUGGGGCAUGGACUCUACAAGUUGUCGAAUGCGUUCCACAGGGAAGCUGGCCCAUGUUGACUCCAAUGCUUCCCACAGUUGUGUCAAGUUGGCUGGAUGUCCUUUGGGUGGUGGACCAUUCUUGGUACACACGGGAAACUGUUGCGCGUGAAUAACCCAGCAGCGUUGCAGUUCUUGACACAAACCGGUGCGUCUGGCCCCUACUACCAUACCCUGUUCAAAGGCACUUACAUUUCUUGUCUUGCCCAUUCUCCCUCUGAAUGGCACACAUACACAAUCCAUGUCUGAAUUGUCUCAAGGCUUGAAAAUCCUUCUUUAACCUGUCUCCUCCCCUUCAUCUACACUGAUUGAAGGGGAUUUAACAAGUGACAUCAAUAAGGGAUCAUAGCUUUCAUCUGGAUUCACCUGGUCAGUCUAUGUCAUGGAAAGAGCAGGUGUUCUUAAUGCUUUGUACACUCAGUGUAUAUCUGUCAUGCACUCUCUCUCUCUCUCAUAAACUCCUCUCUCUCUCUCUCUGCAAACUAUUCAUCACAGCACACAUUUUAAAAUUAUACAAGAAGCCAUCAAACUGGUGUUUAACAGCUAAGAUUAGACUGGGUGCACGUGGACAUAUAUCAUUUUCCGCCAGGGAGUUUUCCACACCUCCUCACUCAUGUAAAGUCCCAUUGAUAUGAUAUGUGUGAGGGCAGAGGGCAGAGAGGGGUACUGUAGCUAGUGUAAGCCCCAGUGGGGUGUCGGGGGUAGCGGUUUGGAAGAGGAGCGGGGAGUUGUGGGGUUGAGGGAGGGAGUGGGGGGUCAGAAUGACGUAAGAGGUACUCUGGUAAUAUGUGUGCCCUGCCACCCACUGCCCAAUCCUAGAGCGCUUGGUUGGUCAUGUGACCGCCGAUGAGGUAGGAGUGGGUAACAAGGUGCCAUUGAGGGUUGGAAUGUCUGACUGUGGAGCUCUCUCUCUCUCUCUGUCUGUAUCUGUAUCUAGGAGGAGAUCCAGCACACACACACAGAGAGAGAGCGAGAGAGAGAGAGAGAGAGAGAGAGAGAUGGAUAGAAUCCGAGCUGUGUGAAUAUGUUUGUGUGUGUUGUCAGAAUGUAUGUCAAUUGUAAAGUAUUUUUCGUUAUGUGUCAGACCCCAGGGAGAUUAGCUGUCACCAUUGACGUGGGCUAAUGGGGAUCCUAAUAAAAUCAGAGUGUUACAGUGUCCAUCUCUGCUGCGGCUGCAAAUCACCAGUUAUUUGAAAUAUUUCAUUUUUUAGUCAUUUAGCAGACGCUCUUAUCCAGAACAACUUACAGUUUUCUUUCAUACUGGCCCCCCGUGGGAAUCGAACCCACGACCCUGGCGUUGCAAGCGCCAUGCUCUACCAACUGAGCUACACGGGGCCAUUUGACUGAUCAGGUGUGCUCCAUUGCAUUCAGGCCAGGAGAAACAGGCCUUCAUUCCCAUAUGGGUUAAUAUUUUCUCCUCCUGUAUGGUAAUACCUUCUUCCCAGUCUGAUGAGUACUGCAAGAGUCUAUACACUCACAAUACUGUCAUUACCAACCUACCAGUUAAAUACUGAUGCAGAGAUAUGGCUGGGAUGUGGGGAAGGGAACUGUAUGCAUGCAGAUAUCAGUUGCACAGCCCCCUGGCUGGGAUAUGACUGGGAUGAAUGUGAGCCGUAAUGUGGUGUCAGUGGAGCGGAGGUGAAUGAUAACACGUGUGCAUGUAUGUGUAGACAGCAGUUAAAACCUGUCUGGGUAGUAGCAGAGGAACAGAGAGAGUUGUGUGCAUUAACCCUUUAGGCAGUACUAGGAGCAUAUAUCCUUCUUUGUUGAAUAUUCUAACUGUGUGUGUGUGAUUCUGUGCGUGUGUGUGAUUCUGUGCGUGUGUGUGAUUCUGUGUGGUGUGUGUGCGUGUGUGUGCCUCUGUGCGUGAUUAUGUGUGUGUGAUUCUGUGUGUGUGUGCCUCUGCCUGUGUGAGUGAUUCUGUGUGUGCAUGGGAUUCUGUGUGUGUGUGUGUGUGUGUGUGUGCCUCUGCCUGUGUUUGUGCCUCUGCAUGUGUGUGUGUGUGUGUGUGUGAUUCUGUGUGUGUGUGUGUGUGUGUGUGUGUGUGAUUCUGUGUGUGUGUGUGUGUGUGUGUGUGUUCCUCUGCCUGUGUGUGUGGUUUUGUGUGUGGGCCUGCCUGUUACUGGUUUACCCCUCUUUCCCUGCUCUGGUUGGAUUCUCAAACCUCCUUUGGCUGGUUUUGGUUGGAUGAUUGGACGCUGGGCUAAACAUGUUGAUGACUGAAGAGGCAUGUACAGUUCAGCAUGGAACAGAAAGAGAGAGGAGAGAAGAGAGAGAGAGAGAUUUGGAGACUGCAGUUUGCAUGAUGUCGUGGCAGAAGUCGUCUAGCCCUCUGUUUUCCUCAAUGAGAGAUUGGCCUGUCAGCAUAGAUGUCCCCCAGCUCCUCUCAUCCCUCUCUCUCUCUGUGUGUCUCAGCUGUUGAAUCACAGCAACGUUGCAUCAGACAAAUAUGAUACCAACCAACUGUCUUUCUCAUACCAGUGGUGUGUGUGCUUGCGUGUAUGUGUGUUCUCACGGUGGUUGGUGAAAGCAGACAGUUUACAGCCCUCCUCCCUGGCAGUAGCUCUAUCGUCUGUGAGGGCGAGACUCAACAGGCACACAGGGGAAAGUCUCUCACCUGAACACAACUAACUACCACCGCCACACCCCAACCUAGCCUAGCCUGGAGCAGAUGACCUGUCUCACACACAUACAAACACAUACUCACUGGCUCAACAUUAUAGCACUGUUUUGUAUACUCGUACAGUACCUUUGUACAGUGUAAGCCUCAGUAUGGUAAACACAGACUUAGGUCUCUAUUUUGUUCUGUAAUGCACUUUAAUGCUAGUAACUCAUCAUGGUUUCUCUACGUCAUUCACCAAUUCCACCCAUAUACAGUAUGUAUGCUUUUCCAACUGGAGCAAAGUUUAGCCAAUAGAAAGAGACCUGUACAUAUGUGUUAUGUGUGUGUGUCUGAGUCUGUGUGUGUGUGUGUGUGUGUGUGUGUGUGUGUGUGUGUGUGUGUGUGUGUGUGUGUGUGUGUGUGUCAGGAGAAGUUGAUAGCUCAGGGAAAGUGGGAGCAGUUAGUAUUGCUAUAAUUAGGACUUCCUCUUUCCCUGCCUCUGUGUGCGUCUUACAUACAUGCACACACACACUCCGGUACGCUGCAUCAGUAUAGCGUUGUGUAAACUCACAUAGUCUCUGGUGGUGUGUUAAGUGCAGGUAUGUAGUGUUAGACUUCACCAGAGCUGUAGAUACUAUACACCGGUCAUGUCUCUGGUCCUCUGGUAAACUGGGAGCAGUGGAAAAACACUGGGUUUAUUUUCACAGGAGCCCCCUCUCACUUUCUCACUCUCUCUCUUUCUUUCUCUCAGUCGGUCUCUCUCUUUCCUUUUCUUUCUCUUGCUCUUUUUCUCUUUAUUCCCCCCCCCUUUUAUCUGGUUAUCUUACACCUGAGAACCUGUCUCUAUUCUCUGGUGACAGGUAUUUAGUUUCAGUGGGGCAGGGAGAGAUGGGGUAGUGGAGGUAUUAGAGAUCCCACACUCCUCGUAUCUAAAUCGGCCAUCUCAGGGUGUGGUGUCAGUGUCGCCUCACUUAGUCCUUUUGUGUGUGUUGGCUGGUCAGAGUCAGUGGAAACUUUCUGUGUUGUGCUGCUGGCAUAGACAUUGCUCCCUUUCAACAGUUCUCUCCUCUCCUCUCCUCUCCUCUCCUCUCCUCUCCUCUCCUCUCCUCUCCUCUCCUCUCCUCUCCUCUCCUCUCCUCUCCUCUCCUCUCCUCUCCUCUCCUCUCCUCUCCUCUCCUCUCCUCUCCUCUCCUCUCCCUCUCCCUCUCCCUCUCCCUCUCCCUCUCCCUCUCCCUCUCCCUCUCCCUCUCCCUCUCCCUCUCUCUCCCGCUCCCUCUCCUCACAUCUCAUCUCAUCUCAUCUCAUCUCCUCUCAUCUCCUCUCCUCACCUUCCCCCUCCAUCUCCUCUCUUCUUCCCUCUCUCCUCUCCAUCUUUUUGUCUCUGCCCUCUCAUGGGAUUUCACUGACCUGAAGCCUUGUCACCCUGUUUCUCUGUAAAAGGGUUUCAGGCAGCUCUCUGUCUGGUCUUGCUCCUCAUAAAUGGCAUCAUGGAAAACUCACACCGCCUGAUCUGCCCUCUGUGGAAAAUAUGAUUUUACCCCAUAAAACAGUAACCUUGUCAGGGUUUAUAGUGUGUGUGGCCACAGAGCAGUGUUCAUGUCAGGUGGUUCUGUUAAGUGAAUUAUUUAACAAACUAUUUUAGUGUCUCUGUGCGUCUCCCAAAAGGUUGUAAGUCUUUUGGGAUUUAAGUAACGGCCAGAGUCCCGGUCUGCAUGGUCAGAGAUAUUUAUUCAUUGAGAAUUCUGCCAUCACAAUUUCAGAGUCCAUCUUUUAUACUCAUACGUCAUACAAAAAGAAAUCCCUUCCCUCUGUAGGCGGGCUGUAGUUUUCCACUCUAAAACUGCUCUACUGACCUUCAGUUCACACACACACACAUAUACACACAUACAUACACACAUACACACACACACACACACACACACACACAUAUCCUACUCCCUGCAUUACUCAGUUAUUGCAGUUCUCACAAUAUUCUGCACCAUGUUUUCAUAACAGUUUCUCCCCUCCCUAAAUUGGGAGGCCUCUUUAUCUUAGUUUCUCAGUUGUCUUUGUUGACUGGCCUGACUCUUACUCACAUUGCUAAAUAGUGGCUCAAUGCCAUAGCCUUUACUGGUCCUACACUCACACAUUAUACACAGUUUCAGGGUGUAAUAAUUAGUCAUUAAUAAUUAAUCUAUCAGGUUCCUGCUUCUAUCAUUCAGAGAGAGGGAAGAGAGGAGGGGGAGUUACAGGUGAGUUUAGUAUGAGAAAGAGAGGUUAACUCUUCCUACAGAAUGUAUUGUGUUCUCUCCUGGCAGUCUGAUGAUGGGAGCUGGUGCUGUGGUGCGGGUGUGUAUGUUAGUGUGUUUUUGAUUGGUGCCUGCGUGGCCUGUGAAUGCCAGGCUGUGGGAGUGGAGAGGAGUAGUGGGGGUCAGAGACAGACUGCCCUCAGUCCUCUACACUGUGUGUGUGUGUGUGUGUGUGUGUGUGUGUGUGUGUGUGUGUGUGUGUGUGUGUGUGUGUGUGUGUGUUGACUGCAGUGAUUCAAACAUUGUGAUUCUAGGAAUAGUAAUGUGAAAGCUGUAUUGACUUUAGUCCUGGUUUAUUCAAUACUGUUUUAAUCAGUAUGACAAUAAAAAAUGAUCAGUUCCAAAGUUCAGCCAUGUAAAGGGUUAACUGUUCCAGGAAGAGAAGCACACAGCAGUAUCUGGUGGGGAGGAGAAGUAUUAACAUCACUUUGCUGAAGUGAAACUAAAGUAGAGAGACCUACAGUAUAUUGUGUACGGGACCAAACUCUACAGCACUGAAAUCCCUAUUAAAUAGCUAUACAUUCAGACUAUACACUGACUCUCCUACCCUUUGACACCACAAACAGAAAGGACAGCGAUAUCAUCCACAAAAACAUACAGGUGAGUAGAAAGAUUGAUAUGGAAAGUUAAGUUGAAGAUAAGCUCUACUGUGUAUUUCCUUAUUUAUUUAUCCAGAUUCUACGGUAUGUUACACUUUUCAUUCUAUGGUUAUCUGACUUUUAUCUAUAUUGUAUCAUCAUGUAUCAAGAUUCGUUAAUAUCAUCAGAUAAGACAAUGUUGACAACUCUAAAGCUGAAUUUAUCAAGAGCUGGCUGAUUCCAAGAAAUGCUUUAUGGUUUCACCUCUGGUCUCUGUCUAGAUAUGUCCACCUCCAGCAGUCUUCUGUCUGAAGAGCAGUUCCUGUGCUCCAUCUCUCUGGAUGUGUUCACUGAGCCAGUCUCUAUUCCAUGUGGACACAACUUCUGCAAGGCCUGUAUCAGUGGAUACUGGGAUAGCAAUGUGUAAAAAAAAACAUUAGAUAAGAGACCAGAUCUGUUUGUCAAUACUUUCAUUUCUGAGAUGGUUGCUCAGUUCAGGCAGACAGUUGAAGUGAAAGCUACCAGCAGCCCAGAACAAUGUCCUGCUCAACCCCUAGACAUCCCCUGUGACUUCUGCACUGGGACGAAGCUCAAGGCCCUGAAGUCCUGUCUGGUGUGUCAGACCUCUUACUGUGAGACUCACCUGGAGCCUCAUCAGAGAGUUGCAGCCUUAAAGAGACACAAGCUGAUCAACCCUGUGGAAAACCUGGAAGACAGGAUGUGUAAGAAGCAUGACAGACUCCUGGAGCUGUUCUGUAGGAGGGACCAGAUGUGUGUGUGUCAGUUCUGCACUGAGACAGACCACAUGACUCAUGACACUGUCCCUCUAAAGGAAGAGUAUGGAGAGAGGAAGGCUCAGUAGAUCUCAGCAAGAAAGAUGCAAAAAGAGAGAUAUCAGACAGUGUGCAGGUCUUCACUGCUCUGGUGCGCUCCAUUGAGAGAAGCCAGGCUGAGCUCAUUGAGGUGAUUGAGGAGAAGCAGAAAGCAGCAGAGAGGCAGGCUGAAGGGCUCAUUAAAGAGCUGGAGCAGGAAAUCACUGAGCUAAAGAGGAGAAGCACUGAGCUGGAGCAGCUCUCACUCAGUGAGGACCACCUCCACCUCCUACAGAGCUUUCCAUCCCUGGGCACCCCUCCACCCACCAAGGACUGGUCUAGGAUCAGUGUUCACAGUGAUCUGUGUGUGGGGACUGUGAGGAGAGCUGUGUCUCAAGUGGAGGAGACCAUUAUGAGUGAAGUUAUGAAGUUGUGUGAUGCUGAGCUGAAGAGGAAUCAGCAGUAUGCAGUGGAUGUUGCUCUGGAUCCUGAUACAGCACAUCCCUACCUCAUCCUGUCUGAGGAUAGAAAACAAGUGGAACAUGGAGACAAACCACAGGAUCUCCCUGACAACCCAAAGAGGUUUAUUACAUGUCCCUGUGUAUUAGGACAUGAGGGCUUCUCUGCAGGGAGAUGUUACUAUAAGGUGACAGUUAAGGGGAAGACUACGUGGGAUUUAGGAGUGGCCAGAGAGUCCAUCAACAGGAAGGGGAAGAUCAAACUGAACCCUAAAAAUGGAUACUGGACUCUGUGGCUGAGGAAUGGAAAUGAGUACAAGGCUAACUCUAGCCCCACUGUCACCCUCUCCCUGAGAGAGAAGCCCCAGAAGAUGGGGGUGUUUGUGGAUUAUGAGGAGGGUCAGGUCUCCUUUUAUGAUGUGGAGGCCAGGUCUCAUAUCUACUCUUUCACUGGCUGCACCUUCACUGAGAAACUCUAUCCAUACUUUUUCCCUGGCAGUAAUGAUGGUGGUAAAAACUCUGUCCCUCUGAUCAUCUCUCCUGUCAAUCACACAGAAUGACUUUUAACCUGAAAAUCUACUAAAAUGUGUACAUUUAAUCUGUUGUCCUACAUCAGAGAGAAUAUUUCACUGUAAUAUUAUUACUGACGUGGUUGUUGUUUGUUGUCAUCAGCCUCAUGUCAGUCUGUUAGACAUGAUGAGUAUCCUACAGAAUGCAGCAGCAUUGUAAGAUAUGAACAUAUCUCUCCAGGCUCAUAACAAGGUAUGAUUCAUAUCUGGGAGUUACAUUUCUGAGGAAGUUCUGAUCAUGAGAUAAUAUAAGCAUUUUUAGCUCAUGAAUUGUUUGCAGUGUAUAUCUCUGUUGAUCCUACCUAUAAUGAACUGGGAUGGGCAUAGAGUAAAAUUCAUGAUAUUUAGAAAAUAAAAUCCAGUUGAAUAUUGACCUCUUACGUAAUAUUUCUACUAGGGAUGCUGUCCCAGAUGUUUACAAUAGUGAUGGAUAUGACAUCAGUUUGGAAUAGUGGAGAUAUACUGAGGUGUCUGAGGUUGAUGUCAUAUGGAAAUUGUAUUUUUAUUUUGUGGUUUUGCUGUCUCAUCACUAGGGCUGUGGCAGUCACGAAAUUUCGUCAGCCGGUGAUUGUCAAGCAAAUAACUGUCGGUCUCAUGGUAACUGACCGUUAAUUAACAUAAACACAUUUAGCAUCUCCUGGCUUCCACACAUAGCCUACAAGCCACUGAUGCUGACCUUUGGAACAUCUACAUUUGAAAAAGUCUAAUAAAUCCAUAUAAUAUAGCCUACACCUUCACAAUAAAUCCAUUAUUUAUUUUAGACAGGUCUAAGGAAGCAUGAUAUGAAGACAAUGUAGUCUAUUUCAGAAGAACAGAAUAGCAUACUCUGAGUUAUCAUUAUGUUAGGUCCUGAUCUGGCUAUGCCAAAUGGCUGUGGGCUACACUAGUUCAUUUAGCAGACAAGAUUUGCUUAGAAUUUCGUGGCAUUAUUUUAUAUUAUUUUAUAGUAUGAAGAAUACAAUUGAACAAAGCUGAAUAACGAUUUAAGGGGCUGCGCACAUGCGGCUACUCUGUGUUGAGCGGUUAACAAAGAAAUAAGUACUCCUAUAUUCUUAAUUUAGAGUUAUUAAUGUAACUUUAGUUGUUCUACAAAUGUUGGGCUAUAUGUUUUGAUUUUUAAUACAUUGUAAGGCUGCAUGAUGCAACUCUAAUGAUGAUUUGAAAAAUGUUGCUUGAAAGGCAUGAGCUCUGCUUUGUUUUUUUGCGCAGGCUGUACACACUUCGUCAGUCUCUCAUUCACAAUUUGAGAAGCUCUUGAUAAUGCUUCGAAUUUCCUGGUGGCAUCCCCUUUGUGUGGCCAUAAUGCACCCUAAAUAAAUCGAUGCAUUUUGCAGCCAUUCUCACUUAAUUCUGCCCGCUCCGAAGCACCUCUCAUCUCACUCACACUUCUCACAGGCUACAAGUGAAGACAGACACAUCGGGGACGCAACUGAGCGCGUCCUUAUCCAAUUCCAAGGUGCAUAUUGAAGAUAUUGGAAGAACUAUCCACAUUUAGUUUUCGUCAGCCAACAAGAUAAGUAGGCCUAACGAACAGCAAAAGCUUUAGCCUAUGUCAGUCUACUAUCCCCAUAGUACAAAAGUUGACCUAUUCUGUGCGAGAAAUAAAAUAUUCCAAACAUAGUCUGGGACAGUUGUGGGAUGCGAUAGAUCCUAAAUUAAUACAACCACUAGCAUCAAAAACACUUUUUCACACAAUGAGGCUGACGCAACAGAUCAGAAAGUUUAGCUUAAAAUGUUGAUAAACUAUUAGGCUAUUCCUUCACAAUAUAAGCGCAGCAAUGCGCACAUGGCAGUAGGCUUUAAGCACGAAUGUUCAAUUUUAGCGGGAAAACACCAGUAUCAAAAGUGACCACAAAUGCGAUUAUGCAUGUAAUGCUUUUAUUAUAAAGAUGCAUUUUUAUGGUCAAAAUUAUCUUCCCCAAACUUGAAACUCACGCGCUGCUUAUGUAUGCCAGUUAGGCUCUACACCCCCUUGUAAAGUGGAUUCAUGUGCUUAAUUUUAAGAAGUUAUUUGGCCCCUAUUCAUGAUACAAACCUUAUUAAAACAAAUAGGCCUAUGGGCUAGGCUACAUGAGGUGUGCGACUUUGAUUCGUAAAAGUCGCAAGAAAAAGGCAUUGUUUCUUAUGCUGGGCAUCAUUCACAAGUGAUAGGCUAAUAUUGUCACCCAUUAGACUUUUCUUGAUUUAAUCUUGUCUUUACAUAUACUAAAUAAUUAUGUGUGACAUUUGUUUUGAUUUAGAAUGGACCAUUAUCAUGCACCUGUAUCGAAACAGGGGCAGUGGGAAAAAAUACUUAAAUAGCGAAUGGAUGACGCUUUUCCCCGUGGUUUAUUUUCAUGCCAGCCAGGUAGGCUAUACUCCUGUUGUAAAUAUAAGCAAUGUGCUUAAUAUUAGGAAAGUUGAAAAAUAAAUAUAGAAAGCUGAUCCUCCUCUUUUCAGUAGAGGCCAUCACUCAGUUUUCUCGCGCAAUGGCAUAGCCUAUUUAAAUGUUGUGCAACAUGAGCUCAUGGGCUCUCAUGAAGUGUUUGAUUAGAUUUUUUAUUACAUUUGCAUUGAUGUCAGAGUGAUUAGAGGGACAAUAGAGUGCUGAGUACCAGGCAGUUAGCAAGUUUGAUAGGCUACUAAUGACCAGCAGCAGCAUCAGAGCUUGACUAAAUGGUCACGUGGAAUUUGACUGCCUUCAUAACUUGUGACCACCGGUGUGUCGGUAAUACGGUCACCGCAACAGCCCUACUCAUUUUACAUUUUAGUCAUUUAGCAGAUGCUCUUAUCCAGAGUGACUUACAGUUAGUGCAUACAUUUUUUCAUACUGGUCCCGUACACAAUAUACUGUACUGUAGAAUAAUAACAAUAAUAAUAAACAUCAUACAAAAUACAAAAAUAAAAUCAAUCCAAAAAAGCCCCACUCCUUCAGUGAUAAUCCAGGGGCCUGUGUGGACGGAACAUUCAUCGACAUGAUUCCUUGAAAUGCCUCCGCUGUAAAAUCCCUGAGUCCCAAAAGACUUUUAGCCGCACUCACAACAAUGCCUAUUUUCUCAGCUUUCUUCUUUGUUUGCGCUGUGCAGUUUAUAACCAAUGCAAUAAAUGAUACAAAGUCCACCUUUUUAACAUGCUACAUGUCAGGAUCCUUUUGGCGAGUAACAUUUACUGAUGUCUCUAAUCCAACUACCAUGGUUUCUUCAACAUUACUCCCUUCUUCCACUCUUCUCACCGCCUCUGGAUAGGAGACCUCAGUCUCCUUCACCCUAACAGGGCACUUCAUGAAUUUGGGUGCAUGCUCGCCACCACAAUUGCAACAUUUCACAUCAUCUGGCAUACAAUAUUCCUCCCCGUCUACAUACACUUGACACAAGUCCAAAUACUUUACAUUUAUCACAAUGCAAGGGUUUGGGCACGAAGGCUCUUACAGGUUAUCUCACAUAACUCAAAUAUACAUACAAAGGGAGACACUCUUCUUCAAAGAACAAAAUAAUCCACCAUACGGGUCAGUCGGCGUGCACCAACCACUGGGCUUCCUCACUCCAUCCACCAUACGGGUCAGUCGGCAUGCACCAACCACUUCAUCCACCAUACGGGUCAGUCGGCGUGCACCAACCACUCCAUCCACCAUACGGGUCAGUCAGCGAGCACCAACCACUGCCUCUACAUCCUUUGCUCUCACUUCUAGCGCCACUCCAGAGAUAACACCCUUGAUAGGCACCCUGCUUCACAGAUCCACACACAACACAUUCCAAUUCGAUAUAUUUUUCAGGUGCAAAGCACACACCUUCUGCUCCUCGGACACACAAAACCCCCAAAUAAACCCUUUUCUUUUUAUUUUCACUUCAAACAGAUCUCCCAGGUAUCUCGAUCAAAUAAUUUGUAUUAAAUAAAAAGGGAAUAAAAUGGGUAAAAGAUAAGAGAACAGUCAGAACUAGGCCUCAUUACCACAAUUAUCAAAUAUCAUUUUUCACUCUUUACAAAUAGUCACCUGUUAUGGCACCUUGUCUGUCUGCCUGUCUGCACAUUGAUUGUGAAUAGAGUAAGAUAGUUGAUAAAUGUAAAGUAUUUGGACUUGUGUCAAGUGUAUGUAGACGGGGAGGAAUAUCGUAUGCCAGUUGAUGUGAAAUGUUGCAAUUGUGGUGGCGAGCAUGCACCCGAAUUCAUGAAUACUGUUUUAAUCAGUAUGACAAUUAAAAAUGAUCUGUUCCAAAGUUCAGCCAUGUAAAGGGUUAACUGUUCCAGGAAGAGAAGCACACAGCAGUAUCUGGUGGGGAGGAGCAUUAUUAACGUCACUUUGCUGAAGUGAAACUAAAGUAGAGAGACCUACAGUAUAUUGUGUACGGGACCAAACUCUACAGCACUGACAUCCCUAUUAAAUAGCUAUACAUUCAGACUAUACACUGAUUCCCCUACCCUUUGACACCACAAACAGAAAGGACAGAGAUAUCAUCCACAAAAACAUACAGGUGAGUAGAAAGAUUGAUAUGGAAAGUUAAGUUGAAGAUAAGCUCUACUGUGUAUUUCCUUAUUUAUUUAUCCAGAUUCUACGGUAUGUUACACUUUUCAUUCUAUGGUUAUAGGUAUUUUAUCUAUGUUGUAACAUCAUGUAUCAAGAUGUGUUAAUAUAAUCACAUAAGACAAUGUUGACAACUCUAAAGCUGAAUCUAUCAGGAGCUGACUGAUUCCAAGAAAUGCUUUAUGGUUUCACCUUUGGUCUCUGUCUAGAUAUGGCUACCUCCAGCAGUCUCCUGUCUGAAGAGCAGUUCCUGUGUUCUAUCUGUCUGGAUGUGUUCACUGAGCCAGUCUCUAUUCCAUGUGGACACAACUUCUGCAAGGCCUGUAUCAGUGGAUACUGGGAUACCAGUGACCUGUUCCAGUGUCCAAUGUGUAAAAAAACAUUAGAUAAGAGACCAGAUCUGUUUGUCAAUACUUUCAUUUCUGAGAUGGUUGCUCAGUUCAGGCAGACAGUUGAAGUGAAAGCUACCAGCAGCCCAGAACAAUGUCCUGCUCAACCCCUAGACAUCCCCUGUGACUUCUGCACUGGGACGAAGCUCAAGGCCCUGAAGUCCUGUCUGGUGUGUCAGACCUCUUACUGUGAGACUCACCUGGAGCCUCAUCAGAGAGUUGCAGCCUUAAAGAGACACAAGCUGAUCAACCCUGUGGAGAACCUGGAAGACAGGAUGUGUAAGAAGCAUGACAGACCUCUAGAGCUGUUCUGUAGGAGUGACCAGACUUGUGUUUGUGUCUUGUGCUUGAAAGCAGACCACAUGACUCAUGACACUGUCCCUCUAGAGGAAGGGUAUGGAGAGAAGAGGGCUAAACUGGGGAAGACUGAGGCAGAAGUUCAGCAGAUGAUCCAGGAGAGACUGCAGAAGGUGAAGGAGAUCAAAGACUCAGUAGAUCUCAGCAAGAAAGAUGCAGAAAGAGAGAUAUCAGACAGUGUGCAGGUCUUCACUGAUCUGGUGCGCUCCAUUGAGAGAAGCCAGGCUGAGCUCAUUGAGGUGAUUGAGGAGAAGCAGAAAGCAGCAGAGAGGCAGGCUGAAGGGCUCAUUAAAGAGCUGGAGCAGGAAAUCACUGAGCUAAAGAGGAGAAGCACUGAGCUGGAGCAGCUCUCACACAUUGAGGACCAUCUCCACCUUCUCCAGAGCUUCCCAUCCCUCUGCACCCCUCCACACAUCAAGGACUGGUCUAAGAUCAGUGUUCAACGUGAUCUGUGUAUGGGGCCAGUGAGGAGAGCUGUUUCUCAGCUGGAGGAGACACUGAAUAAAGAGAUGGAGAAGCUGCCUGAAGUCAAACUGAAGAGGAUUCAGCAGUAUGCAGUGGAUGUGACUCUGGACCCUGAUACAGCACAUCCCUGCCUCAUCCUGUCUGAGGAUAGAAAACAAGUGAAUCAUGGAGACAAACCACAGAAUCUCCCUGACAACCCAAAGAGGUUUGAUCGUGGUGGGAAUGUCCUUGGAAAUGAGGGCUUCUCUGCAGGGAGAUUUUACUAUGAGGUAACAGUUAAGGGGAAGACUAAAUGGGAUUUAGGAGUGGCCAGAGAGUCCAUCAACAGGAAGGGGAAUAUCACACUGAGACCUGAGGAUGGAUACUGGACUUUGUGGCUGAGGAAUGGAAAUGAGUACAAGGCUCUCACCAGCACUGGUGUCCAACUCUCCCUGAGAAGGAAGCUCCAGAAGGUGGGGGUAUUUGUGGAUUAUGAGGAGGGUCAGGUCUCUUUUUAUGAUGUGGAGGCCAGUUCUCAUAUCUACUCUUUCACUGGCUGCACCUUCACAGAGAAACUCUAUGCAUUCUUCUGUCCCUCUAAUAAUGAUGGUGGUAAAAACUCUGCUCCUCUGAUCAUCUCUCCUGUCAAUCACACUGACUGAUUUUUAAUCCGAAAAUCUAACUGGCCAGUAAAAUUAAUACAUUUAGAAUAGUCAUAAUCUGUUGUCAUAGAUCACAAAGAAUAUUUUAGACGCACAAAUAUCAUAGAAACAUAUUCUAUUCUUAUUUAUUUAUGUGACUCCAAAAUGACACAAUACAUUAUUUACCAUUAAUUUCUAUUGGGCACAAAAUAAUCUGAAACGCAACCAAAAUAAACAGUAAAUGCAUCCAACAAAUGUGUGAGUCACAAUCUUGAUGUAGUCAUUGCGUGCUAUGGAUAUGGGACAAAAUAGUUAACUUUUUACUACUUUAAUACACAUAUACAGUUGAAGUCGGAAGUUUACAUACACUUAGGUUGGAGUCAUUAAAACAAGUUUUUCAACCACUCCACAAAUUUCUUGUUAACAAACUAUAGUUUUGGCAAGUAAUUUUUCCAACAAUUGUUUACAGACAGAUUAUUUCACUUAUAAUUCACUGUAUCACAAUUCCAGUGGGUCAGAGGUUUACAUACACUAAGUUGACUGUGCCUUUAAACAGCUUGGAAAAUUCCAGAAAAUUAUGUCAUGGCUUUAGAAGCUUCUGAUAGGCUAAUUGACAUCAUUUGAGUCAAUUGGAGGUGUACCUGUGGAUGUAUUUCAAGGCCUACCUUCAAACUCAGUGCCUCUUUGCAAGACCUCAGAAAAAAAAUGGUAGACCUCCACAAGUCUGGUUCAUCCUUGGGAGCAAUUUCCAAACGCCUGAAGGUACCACGUUCAUCUGUAUAAACAAUAGUACGCAAGUAUAAACACAAUGGGACCACGCAGCCGUCAUACCGCUCAGGAAGGAGACGCGUUCUGUCUCCUAGAGAUGAACGUUCUUUGGUGCGAAAAGUGCAAAUCAAUCCCAGAACAACAGCAAAGGACCUUGUGAAGAUGCUGGAGGAAACAGGUACAAAAGUAUAUACAGUAAAACGAGUCCUAUAUCGACAUAACCUGAAAGGCCGCUCAGCAAGGAAGAAGCCACUGCUCCAAAACCGCCAUAAAAAGCCAGACUACGGUUUGCAACUGCACAUGGGGACAAAGAUCGUACUUUUUGGAGUAAUGUCCUCUGGUCUGAUGAAACAAAAAUAGAACUGUUUGGCCAUAAUGACCAUCGUUAUGUUUGGAGGAAAAAGGGGGUUGCUUGCAAGCCGAAGAACACCAUCCCAACCGUGAAGCACGGGGGUGGCAGCAUCAUGCUGUGGGGGUGCUUUGCUGCAAGAGGGACUGGUGCACUUCACAAAAUAGAUGGCAUCAUGAGGAAGGAAAAUUAUGUGGAUAUAUUGAAGCAACAUCUCAAGACAUCAGUCAGGAAGUUAAAGCUUGGUCGCAAAUGGGUCUUCCAAAUAGACAAUGACCACAAGCAUACUUCCAAAGUUGUGGCAAAAUGGCUUAAGGACAACAAAGUCAAGGUAUUGGAGUGGCCAUCACAAAGCCCUGACCUCAAUCCUAUAGAAAAUAUGCGGGCAGAACUAAAAAAGCGUGUGCGAGCAAGGAGGCCUACAAACCUGACUCAGUUAUACCAGCUCUGUCAGGAGGAAUGGGACAAAAUUCACCCAACUUAUUGUGGGAAGCUUGUGGAAGGCUACCUGAAACAUUUGACCGAAGUUAAACAAUUUAAAGGCAAUGCUACCAAAUACUAAUUGAGUGUAUGUAAACUUCUGACCCACUGGGAAUGUGAUGAAAGAAAUAAAAGCUGAAAUAAAUCAUUCUGUCCACUAUUAUUCUGACAUUUCACAUUCUUAAAAUAAAGUGGUGAUCCUAACUGACCUAAGACAGGGAAUUUGUACUAGGAAUAAAUGUCAGGAAUUGUGAAAAACUGAGUUUAAAUGUAUUUGGCUAAGGUGUAUGUAAACUUCCGACUUCAGCUGUAAGUGGUCCCUUACAAUGGGGGGACUAUGUAUAGAAAGUGUUGUAAAUCUUUUAUAUAAUAAUUGUUUUAUUUAAUCCCUGUUUUCUCCCCAAUUUCGUGAUAUCCAAUUGGUAGCUUGGACUCGUACGGACUCGGGAGAGGCGAAGGUCAAGAGCCAUGCAUCCUCUGAAACACAACCUUGCCAAGCCACACUGCUUCUUGACACACUGCUCGCUUAACUCAGCCCGUUACAAGGAGUCGCUAGAGUGUGAUGGGACAAGGACAUCCCGGCUGGCCAAACCCUCCCCUAACCCGGACGAACGCUGGGCAAAUUGUGCACCACCUCAUGGGUCUCCCGGUCAAGGCCGGCUGCGACACAGCCUGGGAUCGAACCCGGGUCUGUAGUGACACCUCUAGCACUGUGAUGCAGUGCCUUAGACUACUGCGCCACUCGGAGGCUAGUGUUGUCAUUUUUAAAUGGUGAAACCGAUAUGUACACAAAUAGCGUCAAAUAAAAGCUGAGAAUCUAUACUUUAACCUCAUAGUAAUUGUUUAAUUUCAAAUCCAAACUUUUGGAGUAUAGAGCCAAAAGAAGAAGGAAAUCACUUGGGGGUGCAAAUGAAACCACCCGUGGGCCAAAUUCGGCCACUUGGGGGACCCUGAUGUAGCGGAUCUAGUUUCAGGCGUUUAUUUUACGCCUGCUACGUUAGGUUAGUGUGUGUGUCUGUGUGCGCAAGUAUGUAAGUCACACACUAUUGGCCCCGCUCUGCUGGUCCGUGGUUCUUGGCUGCGUCUUGCAUGAGGCCCCAUGUUAAUUUAAAAAGACGCUGGAUCCCAUUCUCUCCCUAUGUUCCUGCCAGGAGCACCUCUGCAUUCCACAGCGUGUGAGGAAUUAUUCCUUCCUGGGAAUCCUGCAAAUACAUCUUAAUCACCAUGGAAACAGGCUAGUGGAGGGACAGAUCCAGAGAUGGGAAUUCAGGAAGUUGCUCUGAUUGGGUUGUGGUGGUGUCAUUCAGUGAAACAGAGGUUCUGUUGUCUUGCCUUAAAUAGCUAUUGUAUUUCAUCACAACUGUGUGUUGUGUGUGUCUGUUUUCUGUAUGUAAGCCUGUGUAUUGGCGGUAACAGCAGCACUGGUCUGAGCACCCAGACCUCUACUAGUCUAUUAGUCUGUGUGGUGGACAUUGUUUUAAGCCCAAAUGGACUACAGAGAUUGACAGUAAAUGCAAUGAGAGAGAGUGUGUGUGUCAGCCAGCCAAGCAGUUACCCUGUCAGCUGCGGUGCUUCUAUUCUAGGGCAUGGGCACAAAAUGGCUGCCGUUACUCACAGGAUGUAAAUGACAUCUGCCUUGAGACUGGAGGACCAGCGGGGUCCAAUGGACCGGGGGGAGAUGCAGACUGCAUUCAGUGACACACACACACUCUUGAGAUGCAGGUCUGUGGUUGUAGACAGUGGUGCGGGAGCAGUUUUUUGUAAAUGACGUCAUCAUUUCCUCAAAGUUUGUACCGACAGAUGUAGCCAAUUGAUUAGCCUGUCAUUAUAGAAUAUGCAUAAAAUGCAUCCUCCAAUUGCAACGUCUGCCUAUGCGCACUCAUAUUUCCUCAAGAAAAUGUUCAAUUUUUAAUACCCUCAAACAUCAAAUUAGGAAUAGGCUACCCAAAGUCAAAAUAGGCCACCACCAUUGUCAAUCGCGAAUUAUAAUUCUUCACGUUUUACCGGUGAAACGUCCAAACUGCAUCUCCAUGCCAAUCAUUUGAUUGAUCUCAAUCAGUUUCAUGGGAAUAUGCAUUUAGAUGUUCUUGAAUUACUGUUUAAUGAGUGAAUUAGAACAGAUGGUGUUAACAAACUAUUAGCCUUUCUUGCAUUUUGUUUCAAUAAAGCAUAUAUCCUGCCUAGUGGUGACCUCUGAGUUUUGGCGCAUGACAUUGUCUUUUUUGACUAUUCAGCUUCAGCUUACCAUCCUAAAAUCUCAUUAGAAAUUAGGUGUUUUUGGUGUAACAGUAACGUUAUAGGCUUACUAUGCUAUGAUAGUAUUGUAUUCGUUUUUGUUAUAUAAAAUGCGAAUUAAUCAUUGUGAUCUUGCGAGACAUUCAUUCAGCUUUGAUUUAACUUUGAUCACCAUUGUGAGAAGUGAUCAUCUUAUAUUUAUUAUAAUAAUAUAUAAUCAUUAUAAUAAUAAUAAUAAGUGAUGAGUAGGACUAUUAGGCUUAGGCAACAGAUCUUGAUGAGAUGGCAUUUUAAAGAAAAUUUACACUCAAACUAUCUUUUGAUAUUUGUUUCAUUAGCUAUUGUUGACAUAGUCCCAAAAUGGUUUGCUUGUCAGCAAUCAAGUUUUCAAGAUAUGUAACUUUGAGAAUGAAAUCAUCCCCGUAUGAUGCAUUUUGCAUCAUAUGAUGCACAACGCAGCAUCAUACUGUAUGAUGCAAAAUGCGUCAUACAGGAAUGAUUUCUGUAUUUUGAAAGUUACAUAUCUUGACAACUUGAUUGCUGACGAGCAAAACAUGUUGGAACUGUCAACAAUGGACUAAUGAAAUAAAUAUCAAAAGAUCUGGCAGUGAUGUUAAAGAAGUUGAACCAACUUGUGGUGCUGGAGGUUAGCUGAAGGAUAGCUGAAUGAUAGCUCUGCCAUUCGGCCAGUUCAGGAACAAACAACAAUAACUUGCAGUAGGCCUUUAGCAUAGUAGGCCUACGACUACGUGGUAUGCUAUUUCCCACCCUGACAUAGGCUUACCUUAUUAUUAUUUUAUUUUAUUAUUGGCCGAAGUUGUCAAGCCUCCGAUUGGGCCUCAGCGGUGCACACACAUAGCCUAUAGUUCUUCAUCCUUCUCACCACCGCCAGAGAGAAGACAUGGAAGAAACCACCAUUUACCUCUAGGCUGUUAUACAUAUUUAUUUGGUUUGACAUUCUAUCGUUUUUCAUUAAAUAUUAGUCGUAAUUAAAUAUAAUCUAUUUAGAAUUGAUCAGAAUACAUUUUACAGAAAUAGUUUUACCUGUUGCAUGUAUUGUCCAAUUGAAAAGAGUGAGGGAGCGUAGCUCCUCCGCAGUCCGCAGCACUACAUCCUGGUUGUAGAGCAGUGUGGAGAGGCGGAGAGCAACACACACACACACACACACACACACACACACACACACACACACACACACACACACACACACACAGAGAGAGAGAGCAAAAUCUAACAAAUGUACAGCUUGUAUCAUGCUGACGUGUUUAUCCCUGAACAAAGCAGUUGCUUUAGUUGCUUCCAAAUGCAAUUUAGGAGAAGAGCAUGAGAAAAUUUCAAAUGGAAUUCAGACAAAGCCUUUGCCAGCUGUGCAGUUCCUCGGCUGGGUGGGAAAAUAAAUAGUUUUCUAUUUUCUGCUCUUUUCACCCUUGGCAAUGUUGCAAAACCAGAUUGUUUUAUUAUUGUGUGAGAUUAAAUAUAAUAGUCUCAAGGGGCUUCUUAGCUGUGGAUUAUGAGAGAAUAGGUGAAUGAGCACACACACACACACACACACACACACACACACACACACACACACACACACACACACACACACACACACACACACUGACUGAAUGCGUUGUAGUAGGAUGCUAGUUAUUGAUUUGAUGUCAGUCAGCUCAUUCAGGGAUGUAUUGACCCAUACAGUAGGCCUACACUUCCAUCCAGACACGUGACUGAUCCAGGGCCUGGUCAAUAACAUGGUCCUGUAUGUUAUGUAACAAACUUCUCUAUCUCGUAAUGGACUAGGGCCUGUAAGGGCAAGGGUUGGCUGUGUGUUUGUGUGUCCGUGCACCCGUCCAUCCGUGUGUGUUAAAUCAUUGCUUAACAAUGCACUAGAGGAAGGGGAACGCUGGGUUUUGGUUUGGUGUAGGACUAUCAUUACGACAGGGGUACUAUAUACACUGCUCAAAAAAAUUAAGGGAACACUAAAAGAACACAUCCUAGAUCUGAAUGAAUGAAAUAAUCUUAUUAAAUACUUUUUUCUUUACAUAGUUGAAUGUGCUGACAACAAAAUCACACAAAAAUUAUCAAUGGAAAUCAAAUGUAUGCUGCUCCCUCUCCCUCUCUGCUCCCUCGCUCUCUGCAUGCUCUCCCUCUGCUCCCUCUGGCUCCCGCUCCUCUCCUCUUCUGCCCGCUCCCUCUCCUCUCCUCUCCUCCCCUCCUCUCCCCUCCUCCCUCGCUCCCUCUCCCGCUGCCCCUUCCUCCCUUUUCUCCUCCGUCACUCUCUGCUCCCUCUCCUCCUCUCCUCUCUCUGCUCCCUCUCCUCCCUCUCUCUCUCCCUCUCUCCCUCUGCUCCCUCCUCUCCUCUCCCUCUGCCCCCUCUCCUCCUCUGCUCCCUCUGCCUCCCUCUCCUCCCUCUCCUCUGCCCUCUCCUCCUCUGCUCCCUCUCCUGUCUCCCUCUCCUCUCCUCCCCCUGCUCCUCUCUCUCCCUCUCCUUGCUCCCUCUCCUCUCUCUCUCCUCGCUCCUCCCCCUCUCCUCUCCUCUAUCUAGCUCCCUCUCCCCUCCCUCCCUCUCCUCCCUCUGCUCCCUCUCCUCUCGUCUCUCCCUCUGCUCCCUCUCCUCCUCCUCUAUCCUCUCUCCUCUGGGCCCCCCUCCCCCCUGCUCCUCCCUCUCCUCCCUCUGACCUCUCCCUUCUGCUCCUCUGCCCUCUUCCUCCCUCUGCUCCUCUGCUCCCUCGCUCCUCUCGUCGUCCCUCCCCUCCUCCCUCCUCUGCUCCCUCUCCUCCCUUUGCCCUCCCUCUCUCCUCCCUCUGCUCCCUCUCCUCCCUCUGCUAUCCCUCUGCUCCCUUCCCUCCCUCUGCCUCCCUGCUCCCUCUCCUUCCUCCCCCCUCGUCCCUCCCUCUCCCUCCUCCCCUCUGCUCCCUCUCUCCUCUCUUGCUCUCCUCCUCCCUCUCCUCCCUCGUCCCUCUCAUCUCCUCUCCUCUCUCUGCUCCCUCUGCUCCCUCUCCUUCCCCUCCUCUCUCUCUCCCUCUCCCCCCUCUCUCCUCCCUCGCUCCUUUCCCUCUGCUCCACUCCUCCUCCUCCCUCUCUCCCUCUCUCCCUCUUCUCCUCUCUCCCUCUCCUCCCUCUUCUCCUCUGUCCCUCUCAGUCCCUCUCCUCUCUGCUCUCUCCUCCCUCUGCCUCUCUCUCCUCUGCUCCCUCUCGCCCUCCUUCUCUCCUCCCCUCUACCUCUCCCUCCUGUCCCUCUGCCCCUCUCCUCCUCUCUCCUCCUCUGCUUCAUGCUCCCUCGCUCCUCUCACUCCUUCACUCCCUCCUGCGCACUUCUCUGCUCCUCCUCUCCUCGUCUUGCUCCCUCUGGGCCUGUAUCCUAUUCGCUCAAACUUGCAUCUAUCUCCCUUUUCUGCUCGCGUCGGGACUUCCUUUUCACCAUCAUCCACCUCCUAAAAGAGUUAGUGUCGUUAGUGUUUGUGACCAUCAGCAGAACUGCAAUGGGCUAUUUAUUUUAGCUGCGCUGUGCAGAAGAGGAGCCAUUGCAUAUUUCAACAUCAUAACCAUAACAAACCUCAAUAAGACUAUUAAGCCGUGACAGAAAUUAAAUGAAACAUGAAAACGCAGAUAUGAAUACCUCCUUAUUACUCACACAUUUCACCAACAAAAGUGCAGUUACAGGAGAGAACACCUUUUGUGAAUACAAAAACACACAGUCCCUGGGCUCAUAACCGAAAGCUAGUUUGAUGUGUGGAAAUGUGACAGGCUUAACUUGAUAUUAGUAUAUUCAUAUAUCUGGGAAUAAAUGGACUUAUGGAGUCAGGGAGGGACAUACUGAUUUUAGCUGCAUACACACAAAUGUUGCUGCAUACACACACAGUAUACAUGCACACACACACUAAUGUGGUUCGAGGUUUUUGUGUCAAUUGCACUACUCUGAGAACUAUGAACACUAUCAGUCGUGCUGGCGUUUUGAUUGACAGCUCGCCCUGAGGGACUGGAACAAGAGAUGGAGACUACAGACAUCACACACACAAUCUCAAUGGAUGAUAACUUUAUUGUAGUUACAGAGGAAGUGCUGAUCUGAUACAGUGGUUUGAGAAACCCCUUGACUACAGAGAGGAAGAGACAGUCAAAGAGAAAUGGCUCAUCCAGAUACAUAGGAGUACUCUUUCUAACAGAGGCAGGAGAGGAGAGCUGUGCUCAUGUACUUACCGGUAUGCAGACUGAAUGUCUGCAGUGUUACUCUACAGUAUGUUGCUGUAGGCUGAGGCUCAGAGACAGACUUGGAUAGUGUCUGUUCUCCCAUAGGAACAGCAUGGCAAAAUCACUUUUAUUUAUUUAUAUUUUUUAUUUCACCUUUAUUUAACCAGGUAAGCCAGUUGAGAACAAGUUCUCAUUUACAACUGCGACCUGGCCCAGAUAAAGCAAAGCAGUGCGAUAAAAACAACAACACAGAGUUACAUAUGGGGUAAAACAAAACAUAAAGUCAAAAAUACAACAGAAAAUAUAUAUACAGUGUGUGCAAAUGUAGCAAGUUAUGGAGGUAAGGCAAUAAAUAGGCUAUAGUGCAAAAUAAUGACAAUUAGUAUUGACACUGGAAUGAUAGAUGUGCAAGAGAUGAUGUGCAAAUAGAGAUACUGGGGUGCAAAUGAGCAAAAUAAAUAACAAUAUAGGGAUGAGGUAGUUGGGCGGGCUAAUUUCAGAUGGGCUGUGUACAGGUGCAGUGAUCGGUAAGGUGCUCUGACAACUGAUGCUUAAAGUUAGUGAGGGAGAUAAGUGUCUCCAGCUUCAGAGAUUUUUGCAAUUUGUUCCAGUCAUUGGCAGCAGAGAACUGGAAGGAAUGGCGGCCAAAGAAGGUGUUGGCUUUGGGGAUGACCAGUGAGAUAUACCUGCUGGAGCGCAUACUACGGGUGGGUGUUGCUAUGGUGACCAAUGAGCUAAGAUAAGGCGGGGAUUGGCCUAGAAGUGAUUUAUAGAUGGCCUGGAGCCAGUGGGUUUGGCGACGAAUAUGUAGUGAGGACCAGCCAACAAGAGCGUACAGGUCACAGUGGUGGGUAGUAUAUGGGGCUUUGGAGACAAAACUUAGGGCCUGUGAGCUCUGACCUCCAUCACUGUAGGCUGUCUAUGGAGAGACAUAUCUCUAUCUCUUAACCUCCUCCUCCUCCCAUCAUUACCACCACAUAAGAGCUUCCCUCGCUCCUCAGAUAGGAGAGGAGAUAAAACGACAGGAAGUUAAUUAUCCGACGGGCAGGGAAAAACAUGACAAGAUUUCCUCUCUCUCUCUCCUCUCUAUCUUUCACUCUGUUAAUUACAGUGCUUGUUCUCCGCCGAGAGAGAUGUUAUUUCGCUCCAUGAAGCUCUGCUCAGUGUGAUCUAGGGCCUUUAUAGCCCUGCGAGGAGUAAAAGUGAAAAUUCCACUUAACAAAGAGCUGGUAUUCACAGUGCCUCUCUCUCUCUCCCAGCCAGUGUUGAUGUGAUGUGGCAUGACAAUGGAGUAGUGGAGAUAUGAUAAAGAAAAAGAGGGGGAGAAAAAAGAUGAUGAGGAGGAGGGUGUCACUUUUUUCCCUCAGACUCAUUCAUCAUCAAGCAUCACUCGUUUGUUCAGUCACUUUCUCUGGUUAACAUGUCGAGAGAUAGAGGGGGAGAUGGUAGAGCGAGACAAAAGAGAGAUGACAUCGAGACAGAUAUAGUAGAAAGACGGGGAGCUUAGCAUGCCUUGUUAAACUAGCUCAGUCCUGUCUCUCUGCUGUGUAUGUGUGAAGCUCAGUCCUCUCUCUGCUGUGGAUGGAUGUAGCUCAGUCCUGUCUCUCUGCUGUAUAUGGAUGUAGCUCAGUCCUGUCUCUCUGCUGUGGAUGCCUGUAGCUCAGUCCUGUCUCUCUGCUGUAUAUGUGUGAAGCUCAGUCCUGUCUCUCUGCUGUGGAUGCCUGAAGCUCAGUCCUGUCUCUCUGCUGUAUAUGUGUGAAGCUCAGUCCUGUCUCUCUGCUGUAUAUGGCUGUAGCUCAGUCCUGUCUCUCUGCUGUAUAUGUGUGAAGCUCAGUCCUGUCUCUCUGCUGUACAGUGGGGAAAACAGUAUUUAGUCAGCCACCAAAUGUGCAAGUUCUCCCACUUAAAAAGAUGAGAGAGGCCUGUAAUUUUAAUCAUAGGUACACGUCAACUAUGACAGACAAAUUGAGGAAAAAAAUCACAUUGUAGGAUUUUUAAUGAAUUUAUUUGCAAAUUAUGGUGGAAAAUAACUAUUUGGUCACCUACAAACAAGCAAGAUUUCUGGCUCUCACAGACCUGUAACUUCUUCUUUAAGAGGCUCCUCUGUCCUCCACUCGUUACCUGUAUUAAUGGCACCUGUUUGAACUUGUUAUCAGUAUAAAAGACACCUGUCCACAACCUCAAACAGUCACACUCCAAACCCCACUAUGGCCAAGACCAAAGAGCUGUCAAAGGACACCAGAAACAAAAUUGUAGACCUGCACCAGGCUGGGAAGACUGAAUCUGCAAUAGGUAAGCAGCUUGGUUUGAAGAAAUCAACUGUGGGAGCAAUUAUUAGGAAAUGGAAGACAUACAAGACCACUGAUAAUCUCCCUCGAUCUGGGGCUCCACGCAAGAUCUCACCCAGUGGGGUCAAAAUGAUCACAAGAACGGUGAGCAAAAAUCCCAGAACCACACGGGGGGACCUAGUGAAUGACCUGCAGAGAGCUGGGACCAAAGUAACAAAGCCUACCAUCAGUAACACACUACGCCGCCAGGGACUCAAAUCCUGCAGUGCCAGACGUGUCCAGGCCUGUCUGAAGUUUGCUAGAGUGCAUUUGGAUGAUCCAGAAGAGGAUUGGGAGAAUGUCAUAUGGUCAGAUGAAACCAAAAUAGAACUCUUUGGUAAAAACUCAACUCGUCGUGUUUGGAGGACAAAGAAUGCUGAGUUGCAUCCAAAGAACACCAUACCUACUGUGAAGCAUGGGGAUGGAAACAUCAUGAUUUGGGGCUGUUUUUCUGCAAAGGGACCAGGACGACUGAUCCGUGUAAAGGAAUUAAUGAAUGGGGCCAUGUAUCGUGUGAUCUUGAGUGAAAACCUCCUUCCAUCAGCAAGGGCAUUGAAGAUGAAACGUGGCUGGGUCUUUCAGCAUGACAAUGAUCCCAAACACACCGCCCGGGCAACGAAGGAGUGGCUUCGUAAGAAGCAUUUCAAGGUCCUGGAGUGGCCUAGCCAGUCUCCAGAUCUCAACCCCAUAGAAAAUCUUUGGAGGGAGUUGAAAGUCUGUGUUGCCCAGCGACAGCCCCAAAACAUCACUGCUCUAGAGGAGAUCUGCAUGGAGGAAUGGGCCAAAAUACCAGCAACAGUGUGUGAAAACCUUGUGAAGACUUACAGAAAACGUUUGACCUGUGUCAUUGCCAACAAAGGGUAUAUAACAAAGUAUUGAGAAACUUUUGUUAUUGACCAAAUACUUAUUUUCCACCAUAAUUUGCAAAUAAAUUCAUAAAAAAUCCUACAAUGUGAUUUUCUGGAUUUUUUUUCUAAUUUUGUCUGUCAUAGUUGACGUGUACCUAUGAUGAAAAUUACAGGCCUCUCUCAUCUUUUUAAGUGGGAGAACUUGCACAAUUGGUGGCUGACUAUAUACUUUUUUCCCCCACUGUAUAUGGCUGUAGCUCAGUCUUAUUCCAAGGUUCCUGAAUAUGAAGGAACUCCACCACAGCCUUCCAACUACUCUACUAUAGAAUGUAAACACACAGUACAGUACCUGUCCAUACCUGUGUUUAGGACAGGAACUUAGAUAAAGACUCAGGCUGCGUCAGAAAUAGCACCCUAUUUCCUAUAGUGCACUACGUUUGGGCCCAGGGCCUGGUAGUGCACUAAAUAGGGAUAAUGAUGCAAUUUUCAGAUGCACAAUAUACUUCACCCAUGGGACCAUAACAGCAGUAGUAGUAAUAUCUAGAGUUGAUGUUUCAGUGACCCAUGACCAUCAGUCUCUGAUGACCUCUUAAAGGGAAUGGGCUUUACUUAAAGGGUAAUGGACUGUGACGUGAAGCGUAACUAUCAUAACCCCACCGCGUCUUCUCUUUGAGCUUUUUGUUUGGUCAUGCUUUCUCAUCGCUGUGCUAUGCUCCACAUUAUCUCUUCAAUGGCUAAUUGAUCUUAACUGGCAGAACCUGUCGCACAGUUAUAUUUAGGUGUACAAAGCAUGAUUUCUUCACGUUUACUCAGAUGCCAUAUACUGUAUAUACAUGUCACUUGAUAAAUGGUUAAGGGAGGGGUUCAAAUACUAACACAAUGCUUUUAGUUUGGUUAAGUGCUGAGAGCAUGGAGGUGGUCCCAGACAUGAGUUAUUUUAGCCCCUCAAAGGCCUAGCCCUAGUCUCUACUCUCUGGUAUGGCAUACAGCUGUGGCACUGACUGUCGUUGUGUGUGUGUGUGCACGUGCACGUGCACGUGCUUGUGUCUGAGAAUGUGCAGCUACACAGGGCACAGUCUGAUCGAUUUAGAGUCCCCAGGGAAACAAGGGAAUUCCCUGAAAGGGUUAUUCAGGGUACAGAGCAAAAAUAAUCACCAGCUCUAAGAAAACAUUCCUGCUCUUUAGAUCAAGAACAGACCCUCCCUCCCUCCCUCCCUCCCUCCCUCCCUCCCACCCUUCUUCCCCCAUCCUUCUUUCUUCACACUGAAAUGCUAAUGUAUGGGUCAAGUGAGCUACUGUUGAAUGAAAUGGGAACUAUGCAUAUUGUAUUAGUUAGCUCCCCAUAGAUCAUCAUUUGUAUUCCAGAAGAUGAAUCUAUCUCCUUUUUUCUUUUCUCUCUCUCUCUCUCUGUAUCUCUAUCGCUCUCUCUAUCUCCCCCCCCCCCCCAGUCGGAGUUCUCCAGUGCGGCCAUCCUCCACCAGGCGAGGAGAGACCAGGUAGCAGAGUCAUGUCGGGCCCACAGUGCAUCCAGCCGCAAGCGCCGGGUCCUGACCCCUGGUGACCUCAAACACCUGGUGGUGGAUGAGGAGCAUGAGCUCAUCUACUGCUAUGUCCCCAAGGUGGCCUGCACCAACUGGAAACGUGUCAUGAUGGUCCUCACCGGACGCGGCAAGUACAGGUCAGUAGCAUAGGAAACUAAUAUUACGAUUUCAGAUACUGUACCAAUACACAUUUUCCGAUAGGGACACAAUGAAUAAAUGAUUAAAGAUGUAAAAAGAAAAGCUGAAUAGUAGAUUAUGUUGUUUUAUUGAUAAUAAUACUACUACUACUGAUACGACUACGCUGUCACAAAACAUUAAGAACAUCUUCAUAAUAUUGAGUUGCAUCUCCCCCUUUUGCCCUCAGAACUGCCUCAAUUCUUCGGGGCAUGGACUCGACAAGGUGUCGAAAGCGUUCCACAGGGAUGCUGGCCCAUGUUGACUCCAAUGCUUCCCACAGUUGUGUCAAGUUGGCUGGAUGUCCUUUGGGUGGUGGACCAUUCUUGAUACACACGGAAAACUGUUGAGCGUGAAAAACCCAGCAGCGUUGCAGUUCUUGACACAAACCAGUGCGCCUGGCUACCUACUACCAUACCCCCGUUCAAAGGCACUUAAAUAUUUUGUCUUGCCCAUUCACCCUCUGAAUGGCACACAUACACAAUCCAUGUCUCAAUUGUCUCAAGGCUUAGAAAUCCUUCUUUAACAAGUGACAUCAAUAAGGGAUCAUAGAUUUCACCUGGAUUCACCUGGUCAGUCUAGGUCAUGGAAAGAGCAGGUGUUCUUAAUGUUUUGUAGACUCAGUGUUUAUAACUGCUGUUACUAUUACUACAACUCCUAAUACUACAAUUGAGAUACUUUUCAUUGUUUGUGUUGUCGUUAUUCUGUUCCUCAUGGUCUUUACUUCUGUCCACCUCAGUGACCCUAUGGAGAUCCCUUCCAACGAGGCCCACGUCCCGUCCAACCUGAAAUAUCUCAACCAGUACAGCAUUGCUGAGAUCAACCACCGCCUCAAGAGCUACCUCAAGUUCCUGUUCGUCCGGGAGCCCUUCGAGAGGCUCGUCUCCGCUUACCGCAACAAGUUCACCCUCAAGUACAACUCCUCCUUCCACCGCCGCUUCGGCACCAAGAUCGUCCGCCGCUACCGCAAGAACGCCACGCAGGAGGCGCUGCUCAACGGCGCCGACGUCAAGUUCCGGGAGUUCGCCGAGUAUCUUGUCGACCCUGCCACACAACGUGACGGCCCGCUAAACGAGCACUGGCAGACGGUGUACCAGCUGUGCCACCCCUGUCACAUCCACUAUGACCUGGUGGGCAAGUACGAAACCCUGGAGGAUGACGCCAACUAUGUUCUGCGGCUGGCGGGGAUGGGUGAGUCGAUGCACUUCCCGACCUUCGCCAAGUCCACCCGCACCACCGACAGCAUGACGGCCCAGUUCUUCAGCAACAUCAGCUCCCAGCAGCACGCCCAACUCUACCAGCUGUAUAAACUGGACUUCCUCAUGUUCAACUACUCCACGCCAAGCUAUCUGCGACUGGACUAA